AUGGCAAGCCCUACUUUAUCUUGGACGAGUCUGCUACCCGCCAGCUUCAUCAGCGAGGACACUUACCCAUAUACCGUUCUCAACCCUUCUCCUCAAGGUCUAGACUAUGCUCGUCAGGCUCGACGCUUAGUGGACAUUGAUGAUCCUUCUAUUGAGGGGCUGCAGACUCUUCUACUAUUAUCACAGACCUUUUUCGCUUACGGUUAUGGCAGAAAGGCCUACAUGGCGUUGAGCAAUGCUGUUGCUAUGGUCUUGGCUUUGGACCUGUAUCGUGAACUACCUGCUCAAAGCCCGUCGCGUAGUGCGGAACGUGAGAUGAGGCGUCGUCUCUUUUGGACGGCUUAUACCAUGGAUCGCUUUCUUACUUGUGGCUCUAAGCGGCCCUGUCUCCUCGCUGACCAUUCCAUCGUAUUACGGUUACCUUCCGCUGGACCGGAAGCUGGCGAAUGGUUUAACCCGGUCGGUCCCAACAUCCAGUUCACAUCCGACCGUCGCAAGGGCCCAGGAGCCACUGCUCUUUUGGUCGACAUCACUCGAAUUUUGGGCGUCACCCACCGCUACUUAGCUGCUGGCGGUGUCAAAGGUGACUCGCAUUUUCCUUGGCAUGCUCUCUCAAACUUGUCCAAGAUCCGUCAGGAACUUGACAUCUGGGCGGCCGGCACGCAGGACCUAUUCGCCUCAAUCGAGGCCCUAUUUGGUCAUCCAGAGAGCACGCUUCUGCUUCUUAGCAAAUUGAUAUAUCACCUAGUCCAUUGCCUGCUGUAUCGACCGUUUCUUCCUAUUGACCUCGCUGAGCUCCGCGGGACGGGCCAGCAUCAGUCAUGGCAGAUUGAGGCUACCACGCUUUGUUUCUCGCACGCCAAUGCCAUCGCCGAGUUGGUUGAGCUGGCGCGCCAUGCGCCGCGCAUUGAAUGGCCGGACUUGAUAGCCUACUGUGUUUGCACCGCUGGUACGGUCCACAUUCACGGCGUACAUUACAAUGGCCGCGAGGGUGAAGUAUUCGCAUCGAGUGCUGACUUCCUUACGCGUGAGAUGAACCAGCUAAUAUGGCUGCGUCAUUCCUGCUCGGGAGUUCAGCACCAGCGCGAGAUGCUACAAGCCAUUUCGGCAUGUCACGCAGAUCUGGUGCGAACAUUAGCUGCGCGACCGGUGCGGUUCGCACCGGUCUUCCAUCUGGAGGAUUUUUUCGAUCGGUAUCCAGGAUUAGCUGUUGAAGGAGCGCAUGUAAGAUUAGUGGAUAUAGAUGACCCCGCCCGCUUUGACCGCGUGGAUGCCCACGACGGGAAUAGAGCGAUUUAUCCGGCGAUCCCACCAGCUACGCCAACUCUCCCAUCACAAGCCGGCCGAAGCAACUCGAUCAGCUUCAACCCACCCCAGCCAUCACCCUCACCAUGGCUUGGCCCCGACCUGAGUCUUCCAGACGGCAGUCUCGGGUUCUCUCCGUCCGGGGUAAACACCUCCCCAGCCGCAUUCCUCUCCGAGCCAUUCAACGCACCGACACCACCGUCACAACCGCAAUACGCCACCUUCCCCUUUGAAGCAUCCGUUCCGGGGACAGCUUUGACGCCGGACGCUCAGUCCCAAGGUAGCGCCUCGGGGGCGGGAGCGGGGCCGGGAGACCAAGGCUCGUCCGAGAAGGACCCAUUCCUAAGCUUGUUGGAGCAGCUAGCGGAAAACGAGCACUCGCAAGGGGGUCCGAGCGAGCUGGACUUCUUUCUUGGAGAGAGCUUAGAGGCACCGAGGGACGGAUGCCAGGAUGAAGUUGUUAAUGCUUAG